AUGGGGAAAUUCAAAGAGUUUAAGGCUUUUGCUGACCGAAAUGACAUUCCAGUAAAAAUAAGCUCUCAUGAAAAUCAGAGAUAUAUUGAGAUUUUUGAAGAACAAUGUGAAAAUUAUUCAAUAACCGUCAAGUUAUCAUUUCGAGGCACAAGUUUGCCUGAAAUUUUAAUUAAAGAGUCAACUUUUUUCAACGAUCAUGAAAUCCCAAGUGAUUUUCUUAGAAACAUAUGCCAAAAACCUGAAGUAAAAUUUUUUCUCGAAGGAAAUAAUACUUUAAAGUUCAGCUGAAAUCAUAAUUUACUUGACCCAAGAGAAUUUAGUCCAGAACAAAUAUUUUUCAAAAUUUGAGAAGCCGUCAAUGAAUUUAUACACUUUGCUAAUUGAGCAAAAGAUCAAUAUAGAAAAUAUCAAAUUCAGCAAAGAAGAAUUCAAGAAGAAAAUGAGGAAAGAAUGAGAAAGCAGAGAGCAGAUGAAGUAAGGAGAAAUAUCCAAUCAAGAGAAACCUAUGAAGAAGAAAGGAAUAACUCUCAAUCGACAUCAAUAAAUAUAAAUAAAAAAAUACCAAAAGCGGCCAUUGUAAAUGAAUAUAAUUUUCAAGAUAUUUUCAACAAGCCUAUUCCUUAUAAUUUUAAGGAAUAUACAGCAAUCAUUUCUCAAAAAGGAGCAUCUUGCUAUAGUAUUGAAUUUAUGCACUUUUAUGGUAAAGCUGCUAGAUAUAAUGAAGAGAAAGGCAGCUGUCUUCGGUAUACUAGUGAAAUCCAAAUAAAAACUCAAAAAGAAUUUUAUGAGUAUCUAUUCAAAGCCCAAUCUCAGUUUUUUGACAAAAUUUCUCAAUAUUUCACAUCUCAAGCCCAAUUUAACAGCAUACCAGCAGCAAGAUCUGGCCAGAAUAAUUAUCCUGACUCCCCCUCCAUGAGCAAACAAAGAAUUUUUUUUCGCUCACAGUGAGCUAAUUUUUUUAAAAGAACUUAUAUUUAAAUUUUAUGGUAAUUUUUUUUUUUUCAAAAAUUAAAAAAAUUCCUAUUCGAAGUAAUUUUUAAAGCAAAUAUUAAUUUAAUUUGCAAAAAAUUAUGUUUAAAAUGAACAUGUUUAAAAUAAUCGGAAUUAGCUAGAGAUUUCAUUAUAAUAAUUAUCGAUUAUAUAUCAAAAUAUUUAUUCAUAAAAAUUUUGUUCUUUCAAAGAGGGUGGCUUUUACCCGAAAAUAGGGAUUUUUCCAAUGGUUUUUCUAGCUUAUGGAGGGGAAGAGUGAGGACUAUGACAUUAUUGGGGGUUCCAACUAUUUCGGAAUUUAA